AUGGGGCGGGACGAAGGAAUAGAAGCAACCCGCGAGUCAGCACCUGCCUCUUUCUCUGUUCGUUUCUCCGUCACAACCACUUCUCAUUUUCUAAUCCUUGCCAUCGACGAGAUGAGCGGCAUACCUAUCGUCGACUUCGGCGCGUUCCUGCACGGCAAAGCAGAGGAUCAGGAGAAGAUCGCCAAGGAGAUCGACGAUGCAUUCCGUAGUAUGGGCUUUGUCUACCUGAAGAACCACGGCGUGAGGAAGGAGCUGCUGGAGGAGUGCUUUGCUUGGUCAAAGAAGUUCUUCGAUCUACCGCUUGAGACCAAGAUGCUGGCUCCGCAUCCGCCGGGUGGCAGUCAUCAUCGUGGAUACUCGGCGCCUGGAGUGGAGAAGGUUAGUCAAGGGGUUUAUGAUAUCAAUGAGCUGAACAAGCUGAGGGAGACGCCUGAUUAUAAAGAGUCCUUCGAGUCUGGUAACGUGAAAGAUGAGGCUCAGCCAAAUAUCUGGCUUCCAGAAGAUAAGCUUCUGGGCUUUCGCGCAUUCAUGGAGAAGUACUUUGUCGAGUGCGCCAGUCUAAUCCACAGCAUCCUCGACGCUCUCUCCAUUGCUCUCAACGUUCCAGCACCAGGCCUCUCUCCAACCCAUUCGCAGUCGCUCUUCCAACUCCGGCUUCUUCACUACCCCUCCAUCGACGCCGAACAGCUACGCAACAAUGAGCGCAGCAGGAUCAACGCGCAUUCCGACUUUGGCACGCUCACUUUGCUAUUCCAGGACAACGUUGGAGGACUUGAAGUACAGGAACCUGCGAACCCAGGUACUUUCCGUGCUGCAGAGCCCAUCGAGGACAAUGUGUUGGUCAACAUCGGAGAUCUCAUGGCGAGAUGGAGCAACGAUCGUUGGACAAGCAGUGUGCAUCGUGUUGGCCUACCUCCGGUCCUUCAAAAGGUCACUGAAGACGGCAAACGGAACGACAGGGAGAUAGUAGUACCAGAUCGCUACUCAAUUCCUGUGUUCGCGACACCAAAUAUGGAUACAGUUAUCGAUGCGUUGCCAGGUUGUUGGGAUGAAGAGAAGCCGAAGAAGUACGAGCCUGUAACCGCGUGGGGAUACGUACAGAUGCGGAUGGCUGCGCUGUAUGAGUCGUGA